AUGAAAUCGGAAAGUCGACUGGCUUUCCAAAAGAGCAGCCAGGAUUCGGACAGGUCAGCGAUGGUGAUAACCUGUACACCAUUACUAUGGAAGAUGCUAGUGGAAAGAGGCCGACUGUACGUAAGGUGGGAGGUCUGCCGGGUGGAAAACUUCACCAUCGCCAUAUGCUGUGCCAAGUGCAGUUUAUAUGGCCACAAUGAGAAAAUGUGGCAGCAGGACAACGUAACUUGCAGCCGUUGCGGGGUUAUUGGACACAAACCGGAGGACUGCACAGCAGAUAAGCAGCGGUAUGCAACUUGCUACCACUUUGGUCAGAAGGCCACUGACUCCCACGUUACUGGCGCAAGGGACUGCCCUGCACGAAUACAUGCGGAGAGACGCAUGGUGGAGAGUACGAACUACUAA